AUGCACAUCCAAGUUCCAUUUCCACUUUUUUUUUGCACCCUCUCUUCCUCCUACCCUUCCUUCCUUCCUUCCUUCCUUCCUUCCUUCCUUCCUUCCUUCCUUUCAUUUCUUUCUUUAUCUCUUUUUUCCUUCCUUUCUUUCUUAAUUUCUUCCUUCCUUCCAUUAUUCAUUCAUUUCUUUAUACAUCCAUUUUAUUUCCUUCAUUGCUUUCUUUAUCUCUUUUUCCUUCAUGUCUUUCUUCAUCCCUCCCUUUCAUUAUUCAUUCAUUUCUUUAUAUAUCCAUUUUAUUUCCUUCAUUGCUUUCUUUAUCUCUUUUUCCUUCAUUUCUUUCUUCAUCCCUUCCUUUCAUUAUUCAUUCAUUUCUUUAUACAUCCAUUUUAUUUCCUUCAUUUUUUUUAUCUUUUUUUUCCUUCAUUUCUUUCUUCAUCCCUUCCUUUCAUUAUUCAUUCAUUUCUUUAUACAUCCAUUUUAUUUCCUUCAUUGCUUUCUUUAUCUCUUUUCCUUCCUUCCUUUCUUCAUCCCUUCCUUUCAUUAUUCAUUCAUUUCUUUAUACAUCCAUUUUAUUUCCUUCAUUGCUUUUUUUUCUCUUUUUUCAUUUCAUUUCUUCAUUCCUUCCUUCCUUCCAUUAUUCAUUCCUUUCUUUAUACAUCCAUUUUAUUUCCUUCAUUGCUUUCUUUAUCUCUUUUUCCUUCAUUUCUUUCUUCAUUCCUUCCUUCCUUCCAUUAUUCAUUCAUUUCUUUAUACAUCCAUUUUAUUUCCUUCAUUGCUUUCUUUAUCUCUUUUUCCUUCAUUUCUUUCUUCAUCCCUUCCUUUCAUUAUUCAUUCAUUUCUUUAUACAUCCAUUUUAUUUCCUUCAUUGCUUUCUUUAUCUCUUUUCCUUCAUCUUUUUCUUCAUCCCUUCCUUUCAUUAUUCAUUCAUUUCUUUAUACAUCCAUUUUAUUUCCUUCAUUGCUUUCUUUAUCUCUUUUUCCUUCAUUUCUUUCUUCAUUCCUUCCUUCCUUCCAUUAUUCAUUCCUUUCUUUAUACAUCCAUUUUAUUUCCUUCAUUGCUUUCUUUAUCUCUUUUUCCUUCUUUUCUUUCAUUUCUUCCUUCCUUCCAUUAUUCAUUCAUUUCUUUAUUCAUUCAUUUUAUUUCCUUCAUUGCAUACUUUAUCUCUUUUUCCGUCCUUUUUUUCUUUAUUCCUUCCUUCUUUCCAUUAUUCAUUCAUUUCUUUAUACAUCCAUUUUAUUUUCUUCAUUUCUUUUUUUUAUCUUUUUUUUCUUUCUUUCAUUGUUUAUCUCUUUUUCCUGGCUUCCUUCAUCUGUUUUCCUUCCUUCAUUGUUUUCUCUAUCUCUUUUUCCUUUCCUCCAUUAUUCCUUCCUUCACCUUUUUUCCUUUUCUUCACUGCUUUCUUUGUUUCUUUUCUACCCUUCCUUUAUUACUUUCUUCCUUCAUCUAUUUUCCUUCUUUCAUUUCUUACUUUAUCUUUUUCCUUCCUUCCUUUGUUCCUCUUUUCCUUCAUCAAUUUUCAUUGCUUUAUUUAUUUUUCAAUUUCUUUCUUCACUUUUUCUUCUUUCCUUCUUUUUUCUUCCACACAAACAACGUUCUCACCUUCCUUCUUUCAUCUUUCCUUCCUUCUUUACUUCAUUAUUUCAUUCAUUAAUACAUCCCGUAUUUCUUUUAUUCAUCCAUUCAUUCAUUCUUUCUUUCCUCGUUUCAUUCCUUCAUUCAUUUAUACUUUCCUUAUUUCAUUCAUUGAUUCCCACUUUCUUUCCUUUAUCCCUCACUUUUCCUUCCUUCCCCCUUUCAUUCAUUCAUUCAUAUCUUUAUUUCUUUUUCUUCUUUCCUUAUUUUAUACUUUCUGUUUUUUUCUUCCACUCUAACAACGUUAACUUCUUCUUUUCUUUCAUCCUUUCUAUUCUUUCCUUCCUUUUAAAUUUCAUUCAUUUGGCCUUUCCUUCUUUUACUUAUUCCUUUAUUCGUUCCUUCCUUGUUUCAUUCAUUGAUUUCGUCCUUAUUUCCUUCAUACAUUCUCUUUCCUUCCUUCAUUUCUCUCAUCAUUUCUUCAUCCAUUCCUUCCUUCAUUCCUUCCUCUUUUUAGUUUUCAUUCUGUGUUCAAUUGUUUCUUAUAAAUUGCUAAACGUAAUAUUUCUGAACUAUAAUAAUCUGCUGUUCAAUUUCUAA